AUGCCGAAGAUCCCUUUUACCACUUCAUUCAAACAGAAAAAUAGAGUUCUCUUCAAAGGUGUUAAAGUCCCAAAAUUUGUGCAAUGGAGUGAAAGAAAUCAAAAGAAUGAUUUCCAGCAUUUGGAACGGCAGAUUGAAAAAGAUAUUGCAUUCAAAAGAUAUACUACAUAUCUCUCAGAAUUUAAUACAUUUUUCAUCUUCACGUGGCGGACAAAAGAAGACUAUAUACUAAACAAAGAUUACUAUUGGAAUUUGUUUUUCCGUAAGGGAUUUAAUUCAGGAUCUUUAAAUAGUAAAAUAGGCUCAUUAUUUCUAAGUCAAAGGUUAAAUAAUACAGUUUUCCAAAAGUGUUUAAAAAUAGAUUUUCUAAAACCAAGAACAGAGUAUAGAUUAUUUUUACAAAACAAUACUGACGUUGAAGGUCUUGAAGAAGUAAUUAAUUACACGCAAACGAACAGAGAUUUACAACUGCAUUGUGUUGGAAUGAAUGUGAAUCCACAUGCUAAGUCGCCAAUGUUAGGUACAUUAAAAUAUAUCCAGCCAUUGUUGGAAGAAUCUAAUAAUCUAUACAAGAAUAUUGAUUAUUUGAAAUUGCUUGAAAUUGCAAAAAUGCAACCAUCAGAUGAACCAGGCAAAGUAAAGAUAAAGUACUUACUGCAACUACUAGCCAAAAGUAAAUUAUCUUCGCCGAAGUUAGUAGAUGAUGGUAGAUAUUUAAUAUUCUGCUGA